AUGGCCGCAUCAAAGCCCGCAUACAAAGUAGCCGAUAUUGCCUUGGCCGACUUCGGUCGCAAGGAGAUUAUCAUGGCCGAGAACGAGAUGCCCGGUUUGAUGGCGAUGCGCGCUAAAUACGGUCCAUCGAAGCCGUUAAAAGGUGCCAGAAUCGCUGGAUGUCUUCACAUGACUGUCCAGACGGCCGUUUUGAUCGAAACCCUCAGGGAAUUGGGAGCUGAAGUACAAUGGUCGUCGUGCAACAUCUUUUCGACUCAAGACCACGCCGCUGCCGCUAUUGCUGCUACUGGUGUGCCAGUUUACGCGUGGAAGGGAGAAACUGACGAAGAGUACGAAUGGUGCAUCAGACAGGUAAGGCUUGAUUAUUUUUUUGUUUUUUUAGGAAGAUUUGGCAUGUUUUGCAUGUUAUGGGAUGAAAGACAAGGAAAGUCUCUAUGUGUUAAGAAGUCUUGGGAAGAAAUGAGGUUUUCUCUAGCUUUUAAGACUUUAAAAACUUGCUUUAGCACUAAAUUUAGCCGUUUUUAGACAAAAAUUUAGCUUUUUUUAUCAACAUCAUUUUUUCUAUAAUUUUUAUAAAAAAACCCAUAAUUCUUCAGACUCUUGUCUUCCCCGACGGACAACCCUUGAACAUGAUCUUGGACGAUGGUGGAGACCUUACCAACCUUGUUCACAAGGAAUACUCUCAAUUCUUACCAGGAAUCUUCGGAUUGUCGGAAGAAACUACCACUGGUGUCCACAACUUGGCGAAGAUGUUGGCUGAUGGAAGCUUGAAGGUUCCUUCGAUUAAUGUCAACGACUCUGUCACCAAGUCCAAGUUUGACAACUUGUACGGAAUCAGAGAAUCGCUGCCAGAUGGAAUCAAGAGGGCUACUGAUGUUAUGUUGGCCGGAAAGACCGCUGUCGUAGCUGGAUACGGAGAUGUUGGCAAAGGAUCAGCUGCUGCUUUGAAGGCUUUCGGAGCUAGAGUUAUCAUCACUGAAGUCGAUCCUAUCAACGCUCUGCAGGCUGCUAUGGAAGGUAAGGGGUUUGCUUAUGAAUAUAAUGAAAUUGAUUUUUAUGGUCUUUAUUGGGUAAUAUUUGAUGAUUUUAUAGUAUAAUAUUGUUAUAAAAAUCUGUUUCAUUGUCAUUCUGUAUUUUAAAUCUAAAAUUAGUUUAAAAAACAAGUUUUUAUGUAAAAAAUAUGUUAUCCACAACGCAAGUCAGCAGAUCUGCUCUAAAAGACGGAUUUGUGUUACCGAUGUGGGAGAGCAAAGUCAGAACUUUGAUGGAGUUAUACCGGUUUAAACAGUUUUUGUUUUUAUCACCAUGAUUUUCAUCAAUUUUCGUCCCGGUAUGGUUUUUGGGGACUUUUAAGCUGAGAGUUUGUGUGAUCUGAAAGGAAUUUGUCAUACAGUAGUUAUGCUUUGAACAUUCUUCACAUAAGCAGUAUUCUUAUAUUAUUUUGUUUUAUUUAAGGCAAGUAAAAUCUAAAAAAAGCUUAUCUAAUUUUUUUUCUAAAAUUAUAUUGUUUUAGGCUACCCAGUUCUCCGUCUCGAAGAUGUUGCCUCUCAAGCUCAACUCAUCGUCACCACAACCGGCUGCAAGUCAAUCGUAAGAGGCGAGCACCUGAGCGAACUCCCAGACGAUGCCAUCGUAUGUAACGUUGGUCACUUUGACUGUGAGAUCGAUGUGAAAUGGCUGAACGACAACUGUGUCUCCAAGGACAAUGUCAAGCCUCAAGUAGACCGUUACCUCCUCAAAAACGGACGUCACGUUAUCUUGUUAGCUGAGGGACGUCUCUGUAACUUGGGUUGUGCUACUGGACAUCCAUCUUUCGUCAUGUCGGCUUCAUUCACUAACCAAGUGUUGGCUCAAGUUGAGUUAUUCACCAAGCACGGAACAUCAGAAGAGUACAAGAUUGGCCUCUACGUGUUGCCAAAGACCUUGGACGAAGAAGUUGCUCGUCUUCACUUGAGCAAACUUGGAGUAAGGCUAACUGAGCUCAGUCAAGACCAAGCUGACUACCUUGGAGUACCAGUCAACGGACCUUUCAAGCCAGACCAUUACCGUUACUAA